AUGCAAAUACCUUUUGUUGAUAUGGUAGGUAAAUUUCCGGUGUGCCAAGCCAGAGAGCAGCGCAUCCAGCUUACGUUAGUCCCAAACAGGACACAUGGCGUGAUGAACAACGAUCUGCCAAAGAAGUUUGUAAUUAUUGGCAGUGGUCCAACUGCACUCGGAGCUGCAUAUCGGUUGAAUGAACUGAUUGAGAACGGAGAAAUACCGAAAUCGACAGAAGUGCUUGUGGUCGAAAAGGAAGACGAGGUUGGAGGUUUGGCUCGUUCCGUGACCGACCGUCGAGGUUUCACUUGGGAUCUUGGAGUGCACGUCACAGGUUAUUCAAAAUAUCAGAAGUUUACAAAUGUGAUCAAUCGCGCAGUAAGUCAUUGGAAUAAUGUACCAAGAUGUGUCAAGGCUUAUAUGAGACAUAUUGUGGAAGAUGACGACAAUGUAGAAAUCAACUAUGUCCCAUACCCGGUACAAGACUCGAUACCUUAUUUCCCAGAAGAAAUCAAACUACAGUGUUUGGAAGAAAUUUCAUCAGCCUCGACAGUCAAAGAAUCAGCAAAGAACUUUGACGAGUUCACUCUGCACACUUUUGGCCCAACCCUUCAAGAAAUAUUCAUUAGACCUUACAACGAAAAGGUGUGGACUGUGCCAAUGUCGGAAAUGAAUUGUGUCUGGGUAGAAAACCGUGUGCCUCGCACUUGUAUCGAUGAUCUCAAGAGGCGAUGCCGUCUCACUAGAGAGGAACUGGAUGCCGAGGAAGAAUCGAAGACCAAAUCGAUGUUCAGGUAUCCGACCGAUCUUCGAGGGAUUGGAGAGCUGUGGAGAGCUAUUGCUUCAGAAAUGCCAGAGCAUUGGUUUCGCCUUGGAGACCCUGUCAUAAGAAUAGAUCCAGAGGGAAAAGAGGUUACUUUGAGAAGUGGUGGCACUGCUACUUACGAUUACUUGAUCUCAACAAUGCCCAUUGUGGAAUUGGGACAGCUAUGCGGACUUUGUCCCAAAAUUGAUCUCCGGCAUUCUAAGGUUGUCCUUGUUGGCAUAGGAAUGCGACGACCGCAGCCGGAAUUCACAGAGCAAUUAUCGUGGCUUUACUUUCCUCAACCGGAUAUAAUUUUUUAUAGGUGCACCUUCUUAUCGAAUUUUAAUGAGAGACUCACACCGAAUGCUGUCCUUUUCUGGUCAGUGCUAGUCGAGAUUGGCAUGGCUGUUGAUGAGCAGGUCCAUGAAGAGGCUGUCAUUGAACGAACUAUAAAAGAUCUAAUGGAGCACGGUAUCAUCUAUCCCACCAGCAGGAUUGAAUCAAGAUGGAUACACGUGCUGCCAUACGGUUAUCCUAUACCAACGCUGAAUCGAGAUGAGAUGUUGCGAUCAGUCCAUCAUAAAUUAGAAAAAGAGCAUAUCUAUUCACGAGGAAGGUUUGGCAGCUGGCGUUAUGAAGUUGCUAAUCAAGACCAUAGUUUUACCAUGGGUGCUGAUGUUGUCGACAGAAUUCUAUACGGAAAGCAAGAGAGCAUUUGAUAUCAGUCUAACAUUGAGCUCGGAAUGUUAUAUGAUCAGCUUAGUCCAAGACAUCAUUGUUGUUCCAUUGUUAUUGUUUUAUCUUCUCUUGAGUUGUCAUUGAGCUUUGCUCAACGUUCUGCGUUACAUUACAGAUCAUAAGC